CGCGUGUCAAUGAACAUGCUUUUUUUUAAAACUGUCAUAAUAAACGCUUAUACGCAUGUUACGGAUAAUACCGGGGUUGAUAUGCGACAACACAGAUAGAACAGAUCGCAAAUUCCACGGAGAUUUUUAUACGAUCCACGUAUGCACCACCUGCAACACUUUAUAGUGCCGCAAUUUUAAUCCUAGUGUUUUCUCUAUUUUUCUCCAAUAUCUCAAUUUUAUAUGUCUACUGAUACGCACAGGGGUGACAUUUUGGUACCUUUAUCACAGUGCCAGUUUUGAACGUUCGAACGACGCGCUGAACUGAUUAAAAAUUAUUUACAGUGUUCAGUUGAAAUUUUGAAUUUAGUAUUUUGUGGGUUAUACUACUACUGUGACUGUUACAUAUUCAUUAACAUAUACGUUUAUCUGCACAUGGAUAUAAAAUGCAGAUAAAUUUAUAUUUAUAAAAGUACAUUAUUUUAUUAUUUGGAGGAAGUCACACGAUGCCGGGGAUUUGUUAGCAAAGCCAGUUGUGUUCCAGCAACUUUUAUAUCCGGAUUAAAUGUGAGCAGUCAAAAUGUACAAUUUGAACGUAAACGUGAACCCGAGUCCCGGCGCAGCUGCGGGUCUGCUAGGCGUAGCGGCAGCCGAGGUCACACCGAGGACGCCAGAAAUUUUAAAUUCUCUAAUCGCCAUGACCAAUCCUUUCGAGGGUUAUCCCGCACACGAGCGAAAUAGGGAAAGGGCGGAUUCUACCAGCAGCGGUGAACCCAGCCCUCCAAGCGUCCAGCACACGUGUAGCCAACUCAUAAAAGAAGGCCUGAAGUUGACGUUACAAACGAAAAGGCGGGCAAACGGAAGUGGAGAUGAAGGUAAAAAAAAAUCUAGGAAGGAAAUAGACGGUAGCGCGGAUGACGAGGAGGAUGACGAGGGAAGCAGUACAAGCGGUCGAGGUGGUGGUGGACUGACGCCAGAGGACGAAGAAAGGCGUAGAAGACGGCGGGAGAGAAAUAAAAUAGCGGCAACGAAGUGUCGGCUAAAAAAGCGUGAAAAAACUGUGAUCCUAGUUCAGGAAUCGGAAAUUUUGGAGACGCAGAACCACGACCUUAAAUCGCAAAUUCAAGAACUGGAGACUCAGAGGCGUCGGUUAAUGGAAAUGCUCAGCGUUCACAGUCCGACCUGUCUGAAACAAGGUAGUGGUAGCGAAAGUUCUUUCCAACAAUUUGCAGAACCUUUACCUUUGCCGAGUUACCAAGAUAACUUCUCGCAAUCUGCCUUGAAUCAAUCGCAGAAUUGCACUACGGACUACCCUGUUAAAGUCGAAGGAUUCGACAAUCCUGGACAAGAUUUUUACCGGCAAAAUAGUCCAUAUAUACCAACAUCGGAUGCCGGUUGUGCGGUUUAGUCCAGGAGUAUAAUCUACGGUAUUCCAUGUACCUUGGAAAGAGUGUUGAGUUCAUACUGAUACUAAUAUUGAGCAAUGAGCAAGUAUACAAUAUAUGUCUUCACUUACUUCGCUUUAAAAUUUUGUUACACGUUUUGUGCGAUCUAAACUCUUUUCAUCAAAAUCUUUAUCGCAAAUCACAGAUUUUUUCAACGAUAAGAUUAAGUGGUUCGUUGAAGAGUGCAGUUUUUAUACUCUUUCCAAAACGAUUCAUUAUACGUAUCAUAUAAAUGUAUAUGCAAUUCUUUAGGUACGAUUUUGGGUACUAGAUCGUUGCACUACGUUCUUUACAUCAAAAGUAACAUGGUGAUCGAAAAUCAAGUUAAUAUGUUCAAAUCUCGAAGAAAGCCGCAUAUUUACGCUCGACGUUCUCUACUGCUCAAAUUUUCAAUCUGAUCAAUUCGACAGCCAGCACUCUUUCUGUUAUACUCUUAGCUUUACAUUUAAUUCUAAGAUUUAAAAAAUAUUUUUCAAUGCGAAAUUCGUUCGAGGUUUUUUUUCUUCAUUUUUUUCUACCAUAUUGCGUAAAUUUGUAAAUCAUUUGUUUCUUUAGAACGAACACAAAAAAAAUUAACAAAAAAGAUACAAAAACAAAAAAAAAAGGAAAAGAAAAUGUGCAAGAAACUGUAAAACAUUCCUUUGUAGUAACUCUACUGUGACAUUCUUAAAGCUUUGAUAUAGUAAGUAAGGAAAUGCGUUUUUUAGAUGUGCGAAUAUUAAAUCUGUCAUUUUUUUAUUAUUUGAAAUUGAAUAAUAUAUUACAAACCAAACAAACGGUGCAACGUGUACUCAACAUAGAAAUCUCAAUUAUCUUGAUCCUAAAAAGCCUCGUAUGUACGAACCAUAUCUAGAUUACACAAUAAUCACUUUAGAAACGUGUCAAAUAAUUUUUUUUUUUUUUUUUAUGUUAUGUAAAGGUGUUUAAUUUCGGCUACUAAAUACUUACGUGUCACUAUACGAUAGAUAUACUGUAGACUUUAGUAGCGCAGUUGAUAGAAGUAACGAUGAAAUGUUUUCUACUUUGAAAGUAUACAUUAAAAUCUCGCUUCUGUUGAAUUGUCGCCAUUAUCGGUGAGUGAGCUCUAGUCGUCUUAGCUACAAAAGUCGUCGUCGUCACAUCGGUGAUUUUAUUUCAUGAGGUGACGUACGCUGCCGAAAAUAUUGUUUAAACCGUUUUUAUCGUGCUUAGGCGAUGCCUGAAGUAUUUAAGUAUCUAAAAAAUGCAUUUCUACAAACGUACAGAGGUUUUUUUUUAUGUUAAUUUUUGCUUUUUUCACGUGGUAAACCGGUUCGCAUGUGUAUUUGCAUCCACACGCCAUCAAGAUUAUAUUUAAAUAGGUUUUAACUAUCAUUUGCACAAGGAUAUUCGCGCAUCUUUGAAAUUGCAGUAUAUAAUUAGUAGGACAGAGAAUUUCUAAGUGAAUUGUCGUUCUUAUUAUAUGCUGAACUUUGGGCGAAGAAAAGUCAUCCGCGAAAUCACAUGACUUCUUGAUUCUAACUGACGAAGCUUAUUGAAGUAUACCACAGUGUAUGAAAAUUUGUUGACAUUGAUUAUUAUUGUUGAAACGCUGUUCGCCGUUCAAGAGAUACUUAUUAUAAUUAUAAUUAUUAUAUUAUUAUUUAAUAAUUAUGCAUACAAAUAUUUUAUAAUCUGUUGAUAAUUAAUGAACAUUUAACGAUUUGAUUAAUUGUUAAGAGAACCACGUGCCUAACGACAUACCUCAUUAUUACCGUGGGUAGUAGUUACCCUUUCAGAGUGCGUUUGCAUCUCUCAACUUAUUUUAUUAUAUAUCUGUUAUAUAUUUAUUGAUGCAUUGGUAUAUAAUAUCAAUAUAUGAACGCGUAUUCGGACAGAAGUUUUUUUUUCUUGUCUUUGUGUAUAUUUCUGCGUAGUCUUACCUAUUUUAUUACGCAUGUAUUUUAUGAUAACGAACAUCAAAAUUAGUUGCGAGUUACAAACACACUUCAAAUAAUGACAAUUAUUGAGCAUUCGCGUAAUUAACUUGAGUUAAUUAUGUCACGAUAGCGUAAUGCUUUGAAGAAAAGAAACUAACGAAACAAAAAACAAGAAACGCUUAAGGUCUGAGGUCUAAAUUUUCAAAACUUAUUUUUCGACAUUUUUUCGCCGUUUCGAAAUAUGUAAAAAAUUGUGUACUAUUUUAUUCUUCUCGAUUUUCCACUUCGAAAGUGACGUUGCGCUACCUCAGCAGAAGAGAUUCAAAAACUAUUUGUAUGCAAAGAUAUUUUCCUGCAUGGAAAUGUCCACAAAUGUCAACGAGUCUCAUAAAUCUUUUUUUGUUUAUUUAUUAAUUUUUUUUUUCUAAUUUGUGAAAAUGCUUUAUAGCUUUAAAUAUCGUAUCUACUCUAAAAAAAAACCUAUACAACUUUCGUUUGACUCGAUAGCAUAUAAUGAUUGAAGAAUAAAACAGAAUCUUCCAUAAGAUAUAUUUGUUCAAUGCAUACUGCCAGCGUAAGACGCCUAUGCGUACUAGUUCUUAAGGAAUAUAUUUUUUUUAAAUAAACAUUUGUAAUAAUACCAGUUUUUAAUUUCAAUGAUCGAAUAAUUUGGCUGUAUUGAUAUUGAUAUCCUUCUAUACUCAGUACCUGGCUAUGGUUUCCCAUACAAUAGUCAUUUUUCCACGGAUCAAACAAAGGUAUAUAAAUGAAAUAAGACUAACAAAUGAAAAUUGUUAACUUGUCGGAAAAAUGACUUGUGAAAUUUUAUUAUUGUAUACCUGAAGAUGACUCCACUCUUUGAAUGAAACUAUAAAAGUGCCUAAAAUAUU